AUGCGGUGCUGGUUGCAUAUCAACGAUUUCUCUAAACGACUCUUUUCCACGGCAUAUGGCAACUGCAAGCGUAACAUACCUAUCGCAAUAGACUUCGAUGCGGGUCGAUCGCGUGUCGCUAUUCAGAAGCCACUUCUGCCGACACCUCUGACACAGGAUGCCAACAGCCGAAUUUUGAAGGCAGUAGGUUCUCAUCAGCCGCUGGCGAAAUGCCGUGUGGUUGAGCAGUUGUCGGUCCGCCGAGUUAAGUUCGGCGGACGGAAUGACACGGGACGCAUAACAACUCGCCACCGAGGUGGAGGUCACGUCCAACGACUCAGGCUUAUUGAUUUCAAAAGACAACGCAAGGACGUUCCAGCGACUGUCCUCAGGAUAGAGUACGACCCUACUCGUAGUGCGCACGUCGCAUUGCUUCAGUAUGUCGAUGGCGUGCUGAGUUACAUCCUCUGCCCCGCCGGCGUGAGGCCGGGGACUAUUCUGGUGGCUAGCGCAUCAGCUCCCAUCGAACCCGGUAACUGUAUGCCACUGCGCAAUAUCCCGGUUAAAUCGAUCGUCCACAAUGUGGAGCUGAGGCCUGGCGCGGGAGGUCAAAUCGCAAGGGCAGGAGGCACGUAUGUCACGGUAGUUGAGAAAGAUGAUACCUUUGCUACAAUAAGGAUGGCUUCCACGGAGCUUCGUAGAUUUCCACUAGACUGUUGGGCAACCCUGGGGCAGGUCUCCAACAUUGAGCAUGCUAAGCGGGUGCUCAAAAAGGCUGGUACCAGAAGAAAUUUAGGAUGGAGGCCGUCAGUAAGGGGUAUAGCAAUGAAUCCUAAUGCACAUCCGCAUGGUGGAGGAACAAGCAAAAGUGGCACUAAACGACCGAGAUGCUCCAUAUGGGGAAUAUGUCGUUCAGGAUUUAGAACGAGAAGCAAAGAGAAACCACUUGGUUUGAUUAUGAAACGUAAGCUUUGCGGUCGGCUUAUGAAAAAAUACGGUAUAUCAAAAAAUACGUAG